GCUGUCAGCGCCGCGGCCGCGGGAACCGGGCCUGGGGCGCCUCGGGGUUUGGGGUGCUCCGGAGCCUCCGCCAGAACUCGUCUUCAUGCCCCUGGCCCCCCUCCACUGGAGCCGCUGUUUGGCCCCGUUUCUCCUGCCCUUGACGGAGCCGGGGAAGGGAGAAAAACAAAAUGUGAACCUUCCCAAUUCCAGUGUACGAAUGGCCGCUGUAUAACUCUGCUGUGGAAAUGUGAUGGAGAUGAAGACUGUGCUGAUGGCAGUGAUGAAAAAAACUGUGUAAAGAAGACAUGUGCUGAGUCUGACUUCGUGUGCAACAAUGGCCAGUGUGUCCCCAACCGAUGGCAGUGUGACGGGGACCCUGACUGUGAAGAUGGUUCUGAUGAAAGCCCAGAGCAGUGCCAUAUGAGAACAUGCCGCAUAAAUGAAAUCAGCUGUGGUGCCCGUUCUACUCAGUGUAUCCCAGUGUCCUGGAGAUGUGAUGGUGAAAGUGAUUGUGAGAGUGGAGAAGAUGAAGAAAACUGUGGCAACAUAACAUGUAGCCCUGACGAGUUCACUUGCUCCAGUGGCCGCUGCAUCUCCAGAAACUUUGUGUGCAAUGGCCAGGACGACUGUACGGAUGGCAGCGACGAGCUCGACUGCGCGCCCCCAACCUGCAGCGCCCACGAGUUCCAGUGCAGCACCUCCUCCUGCAUCCCUCUCAGCUGGGUGUGUGACGACGAUGCAGACUGCUCAGACCAGUCGGACGAGUCCCUAGCGCAGUGUGGCCGCCAGCCCGUGACGCACACCAAGUGCCCGGCCAGCGAGAUCCAGUGCGGCUCCGGCGAGUGCAUCCACAAAAAGUGGCGGUGUGACGGCGACCCUGACUGCAAGGAUGGCAGCGAUGAGGUCAACUGUCCUUCUCGAACCUGCCGACCGGACCAGUUUGAAUGCGAGGACGGUGGCUGCAUCCACGGCAGCAGGCAGUGCGAUGGCAUCCGAGACUGUGUCGACGGCUCUGACGAAGUCAACUGCAAAAAUGCCAAUCACUGCUUGGGCCCUGGAAAAUUCAAGUGCAGAAGUGGCGAAUGCAUAGAUAUCGUCAAAGUUUGUAACCAGGAGCAGGACUGCAGAGACUGGAGUGAUGAGCCCCUGAAAGAAUGUCAUGUCAACGAAUGCUUGAUAAAUAAUGGUGGAUGUUCCCAUAUCUGCAAAGACCUUGUCAUAGGCUACGAAUGUGACUGUGCAGCUGGGUUUAAGCUGAUAGAUAGGAAGACCUGUGGAGAUAUUGACGAAUGCCAAAACCUGGGAAUCUGCAGUCAAAUUUGUAUCAACUUAAAAGGCGGUUACAAGUGUGAAUGUAGUCGUGGCUAUCAAAUGGAUCUUGCCACUGGCGUGUGCAAGGCAGUAGGAAAAGAACCAAGUUUGAUCUUUACUAACCGAAGAGACAUCAGGAAGAUUGGUUUAGAGAGGAGAGAAUAUAUCCAACUCAUUGAGCAGCUACGAAACACUGUUGCUCUUGAUGCUGAUAUUGCUGCUCAGAAACUGUUCUGGGCCGAUCUGAACCAAAAGGCCAUCUUCAGUGCCUCAAUUGAUGACAAGGUUGGUAGACAUGUUAAAAUGAUCGACAAUGUCUAUAAUCCUGCAGCCAUUGCUGUUGAUUGGGUGUACAAGACCAUCUACUGGACUGAUGCGGCUUCUAAGACUAUUUCAGUAGCUACCCUAGACGGGACCAAGAGGAAGUUCCUGUUUAACUCUGACUUGCGAGAGCCUGCCUCCAUAGCUGUGGACCCGUUGUCUGGCUUUGUUUACUGGUCAGACUGGGGUGAACCAGCUAAAAUAGAAAAAGCAGGAAUGAAUGGAUUUGAUAGACGCCCACUGGUGACUGUGGACAUCCAAUGGCCUAACGGAAUCACCCUUGACCUUAUAAAAAGCCGUCUCUACUGGCUUGAUUCCAAGUUGCACAUGCUUUCCAGUGUGGACUUGAAUGGCCAAGAUCGUAGGAUAGUCCUAAAGUCUCUGGAAUUCCUGGCUCACCCUCUUGCCCUAACAAUAUUUGAGGAUCGUGUGUACUGGAUAGAUGGGGAAAAUGAAGCAGUUUAUGGUGCCAAUAAAUUCACUGGAUCAGAGUUGGCAACUCUAGUGAACAACCUCAAUGAUGCCCAAGACAUCAUCAUCUAUCAUGAACUUGUACAGCCAUCAGGCAAAAACUGGUGUGACGAAGACACGGUGAAUGGAGGAUGUGAAUACCUAUGCCUGCCAGCACCACAAAUUAAUGAACACUCUCCAAAGUACACCUGCUCCUGUCCCAAUGGGUACAAUCUGGAGGAAAAUGGGCGACGAUGCCAAAGUACUCCAACUACUGUGGCUUACAGUGAGUCAAAAGAUACCAACACAACAGAAAUUCUACCAACUAGUGGACUAGUUCCUGGAGAGAUCAAUGUAACCACAGCAAUACCAGAAGUCAGCGUUCCCCCACAAGCAACUUCUGCUGCCUGGGCCAUCCUCCCCCUCUUACUCUUAGCAAUGGCAGCAGUAGGUGGCUACCUGAUGUGGAGGAACUGGCAACACAAGAACAUGAAGAGCAUGAACUUUGACAACCCUGUGUACCUGAAGACCACAGAAGAGGACCUCUCAAUAGACAUCGGCAGACACAGUGCUUCGGUCGGACACACUUACCCAGCAAUAUCAGUUGUAAGCACAGAUGAUGAUCUAUCUUGACUUCUGAGGCCUGUCUUGACGUUGAGGUUAAACCAGUAAUAGCCAGUUUGGAAUGGUAACCGAGCCCGCAGCUGAAGUCUCUUUCUUCCUCCCAUCUGGAAGAACACCAAGAUACCUUUGUGUGGAUCAAGCUUGUAUACUUGACCAUUUUUAUAUUAUUUUUGUAAAUAUUCUUGUCCACAUUCUCCUUCAGCUUUGGAUGUGGUUACCAAGUAUCUGUAACCCUUGAAUUUUUAGACAGUAUUGCCACCUCUGGCCAAAUAUGCACUUUCCCUAGAAAGCCAUAUUCCAGCAAUGAAACUUGUGCUAUAGUGUACACCACCUGUACAUACAUUGUACAGGCCAUCUGUAAAUAUCCCAGAGAACAAUCACUAUUCUUAAGCACUUUGAAAAUAUUUCUAUGUAAAUUAUUGUAAACUUUUUCAAUGGUUGGGACAAUGGCAAUAGGAUAAAACGGGUUACUAAGAUGAAAUUGCCAAAAAAUUUGUAAACUAAUUUUGUACGUAAGAAUGAGAUCUUUGACCUCCAUAGAGGUUUACAAAGAUUGAGUGUUCAAAAACUGCUGUACAUUUUUUUUUCAAGUGCUAAAAAUUAAAUCAAGCAGCUUAACCAUGGUUUGUGCCUAUUCCUCUAAGAUGAAUUGUUAAAAAAAAACAGCCUGAGUAGCAUCAAGUCUUCUAACUAAAUGUAUGAGCUGCCACUCUUGAUGUCGUUGUGUAACCCUGUAAUUGGGCAAGCUUCUCUCAAGACGAAGUACAAACUAAAGGCAAGGUACCAUUUAACAUUUUCUCUCCCAGUGUUUCUUAUUUUGUAAAAGACACUACCUUUGUCUGUACCCAGAAUUCCUCCUGAUUACAGAAGAACUCCUCUUCUCAUUCAUUUGAUCUAGAAGCAUGUGCUGAAAUUUCUAAGAAUUCUGCGGUUUCAUACGCGAUUCUCUGUUUUCCAUAUUCUGUCAUAUGUAGAUCAAGGACAAGUGCCUUCUAAGGCGUAGGGAAGGGCUUUCUUCUUAUGAAAGUCUACUCUGUCUUACUAUGGAAAUGGUCAGGAAGGAUAACAACCAGCAUCAUUCUUGAGUCUAAGGUGGUGGUUCUCGGCGUGGUCCCGGCUACAGCAGCAUCUGUUUCAUGUGGGAGCUUGUAGAAAUAUGCGUUCUGGGCGCCAUCCCAGGCCUACCGAAUCAGAAACUCUGAGCUUGGGGCCCAGGAAUCUACAUUUUCACAAGCCCUUCCCAUGAUACCGAUGUAACCUAAAGUUUGAAAACCACUGUUCUAAUAUUCUACUACCAUUAUGGUAUGUUCAAAAUUGUCAGCCUGGCUAGACUAGGACAGAUUCCUUCUGUGGUCAGUUUCUGGAACUUUUAGUAUAAAGAAUAAAAAAGGAGUUUGAGUAUGGUGAGAUUGGACAUCACUUCCUUACUGUAAAGUCUCCAGAUGCCUGGAAGCAAAGGAAGAUCCAAAGCCUAAAACACUGACAAGAUGCUGUAGGUCCAUUUGUGAGGUGGAGCGUCCACUGCAGAAGGUGGACGAUCCAUCUGGAAUACACGUGCACCAGCGAGAAGAAGAGCAGAUGUUUGGAUAGAUGAAUAGAUUGGCGGAACAUGCAUAAUACACCUGCAUUUGGAAUAAGAAGGCAUUCUUGCCUUUGGCUUAGGUAAGGAGGUCAGUAACUCUGUAUGAAGAGGAAGCCAAUUCCGUUAUCUCAUGGACAGUCCUUUGCCAUUUUGGCCGAAUGGAUGAAAGAGAAAGGCUAGAGUUGGACCUUUCUUUUGUGGGAUGUCCGGAAGUCAACCACACAGAAGGAAAAGGCUGGAGGCUUUGAGGUAGGACUGUCUGUUGCCUACUGGGUCCUUACUCUGUAAGUACUCAUCAGAAUGAACAGUGAACACACCAAGCCACUGACUUGCUGACAGGGACCUGCUGAAGUGCCUAUUUGGUAAGUAGGAUGGUAUUUAUCAUAUGUAAACUCUGAAGUGUUUCUUCGGUGCUUUGACCCCGCUGUGGUACUAAAACAACUGAUUUAUUUUUUUUUAAUUAAAAAAAUACCAAAUGCUCUUUUAGAAGCUUAAAGAUACCAGUGUUUUCCCCUAUUAUAAGGAUAUACAAUGUUAAUCAUUAUAAGACUCAAAGUCAUAGUUUUGCAAAUAAAGCAUUGUUCUCUGUCAUCUUCUUUAGGCUUAUAAUCAUUCUAUGUGUUGUUUUAGGUUCUGGGUACCAAUUUCUGCCCCUGAAAGAGUCUAAGACAUCUCUUUUUUUACCUUGUCUGCCAGUAAAACUCCAAGCUACAACUCACUGUACCUAAUUUAAGAGGAACAAACUCAUUUGGGGGAAAAAAUUAAGUAGCUAAACAGUUAUAUUGAGAUAAGAAGAAUUACAUAGCAGGAGUGUUAGUCAAUUCAGUGUGUAAUAAUAGUUCAUGAGGGACUACUACCUACCCUACACUUUAUCACCCUAGCAAGAUUUUAAAGAAUCUAAUAUGAGAUGCAUUGGCAUAAAGUUGCUGUGCCUGCCCAAGCUCAAGGUCCUGAGUUCGAUCCCUGGUAACAAAAAUUUUUUUAAAGAGAAGACAGGCUUAGAGUAGUAGCACUAGGGAGCAUUUAAAGGACUAAAGCUUCCAUUAAGUACAUAGCAGAAGUUGGAGACUAAUCUAAAGUCUAGCUUUUAACUGUUUUCACCCUAAACCAGAAGAUUCUUGGGGGCUUCUCUUGAAGGGUUUCUCUUGUAUUAUGUAGUGCAACUGGAAUAAUUACCUAGAGUUCUUACCACAUGAAAUCUUUCCUAAGCAAUAAUGUGUUGCUUUAAAUGCAAAUAAACCUGUG